UACCAGCAAGAAUCAACUUCCGGAACGAAGAAGUAUGUCGGAUCGUGCUUGCAUAUGUGAACGUGACUGAGAUAUACGACCUACAAUGGCAAAAGACUGCGUAUCAGAAGUUGACAGAAAGUUCCUUGCUAAUCAUUUUCUCGCAGAUGAAGACUGGGAUGCUGGGGUAUCAGACAACACAGACCUGGCACACGUUUUUAACCAGACCUUAGCUUUUGAUCCUAAUGCUUUGCCAGAUGAGUUGGCAGACUUUGACCCCGUGAAGUUCGACACAUUUGAUUUUGAUGAGCUUUUGCAAGAGCAGAGUCACAGCGACAGUUCAGACAGUGGUAUCAUCAUAAAGCAAGAACCACCAUCACCUGCUUCAUCACAAAUAUCAGAAGGCAGCUCUGAAGGAUACAGUUCCUGCUCCGACUUACUGCUACAGGCAGUGAUCAAAGAGGAGUCUGUCUCACCCUUGGAUUCACCAUCUUUCUCGUAUUCCAAUGAUUCUGGGUUUAUACUGUCGCCUCCACUCUCACCACCAAGUCUGAGCAGCUUUUCCACAUCUGCUGCAUCACUCUCACCACCUGGCUCUCCAUCUUUGCCUGGCGAUCAGACUUUGAUCUUCAUUCCACAAGUGGAUGGGGACUCAGUCUCCGAGCAGUUGGUCCUCCCUUCAGAUGUUUCUCCAUUCCCUGGUUCUAUCCUCACCUCAUCAACAGGGACUUCUUUGUCGUCUCCAACAUCUGUGGUGUUGACAGCUCCUACUGUGACCCUAGGUUCAUCAAUCAAGCAAGCCAAUGUCCACUCAAUUCUCAAUCGAAAGAUCAAGAUCCAACCAAAACCAACGGUGACAUCAGGCUCUGUUACAACAAAACCAUCUGCCAACCAUGUUUUAUCCCCAAGGACUGCUAAUGCAGUCACGUCAGUGCCCAUAAGUUCUGCUGUCGCUGCUGAAGACGUAGUGUGUCAGGUGGUGCCAAAGGUAGAAGUCAGAACCAUGUCAGUGAAAUCAGCAGGGGGAGGCAGGCCUCUGGUGGUGAGUGCAGAACAGUUUCAAAAGUUGACAGAGUCGGGAGUUCUGCGAUGGUCUCCUCCCUUAUCAGACUCGAGCUUUGUAACGUCACUGUCUCCUACAUCUUCAACCUCAUCAGCAUAUGCGCCACAGGGUCAGAUUUGUGACUUGACGAAGUCAAAGCGGCAGCAGAGGAUGAUAAAGAACAGAGAGUCAGCAAGCCUGUCAAGGAAACGAAAGAAAGAGUACCUGGUAUCGCUAGAGCAGCAAGUGAAGGAGUUUAACUUUGAGAAUCAGAAAUUGAAGAAUGAGAAUGAGGCUCUCAAACAGCACAUUCACGUGCUGCAGUCAGAGAAUAGUCAGCUGCGCCAAGCCUCAGGACUGUCACCGGCUAAGAAGGCCUGUUUGCUGGCAGUGGCCUUGUUGUUGUCUCUUAACCUUGCACCUUUCAGUUCAUUUUUCAAGGAGAUAGAUACAACAAAUGUACGAAAUACAAUCUCCACGUCCCGAAUCAACAGUCGACACUUACUGUCCUUACCGGAAAAUACAACCACCACAGACACCUCUGAUGAUGCAUACACAGGCCCAAGCACUCGUUUGUUUGGCACAAGUGACCGCAUGCAGCAUGUGCUGGAGUUUGACCGAGAGCUGCACCAUCUCCUCUCAAAGGGGAUGCUAAACGAAUCAACCAUGGCGGCCCAUUUUUGUCCCAUUUACUUCAAUAGCACUGAAUCUUCAAGACUGGCUGAGCAGCUGCGUGGCUGGAUGAUCCGUGAGGAGGAGGAAAAGCAGAGAAAGGUCAGCACAAGGCAACCACAACAGCAGCAGCAGGUGCCCAGCAAAAAGAGGGUCAAGGCCUACCCGCCCAUCAACACCUUGAAAGCAGCCAUGCAGGGCCACUACACCAAAGACGUGGAGGGCCAUCAGCACAGACCCAGACAGACAUUGCUAAGCGCUAUCCCACGACGUAAUGACACAUUUUAUGUGCUUUCGUUUAAUACGGACUACUUCCUAGUCCCCGCCACUGCUCAUAACAAGACUGCACGACCACGAAUGUCUCUUGUCAUGCCUUUCUUAAGUGGAACCCUCAAUGAUUCCAUGCAGCCCCCAGAGGGAAGCAUUGGUAUGAUGCAGAUCAACUGUGAAAUAUUCGAUACCCAGCUGAUUCAUGUUCACAAGUCUGUCCUCCCACCUGAGUUUAACAAAAAUGCACAUAACUUUGCCAAUCAGACUCACAACAGUGAACCUCCAUCCUCCAAUAGGAGUAAAACAGGAGCAUCAGAUGCUAGAAAAGAGGCUUCCCAUUCACCCCCUCAGACAUCUGGAGAACACAUAAAGUUAGAAUCCAGGACUGGUAAUGGGACUGUGUUUCCUCCACUGCAAAGGAAAAAGCGAAGAAAGUAGGUGGUCAUUGUUUAAAAUUUGUUUGCUUGUUAUGAACACAGCAAAAGAUCCCAUAUAAUUUCAGCAUUUCUGAAAUGGAUAUUGUUUUAAGCAUAGCGUUUAGUAGUAAGGGUAUGAAGUUAUAGUCUUCAAAAAGAACGAAAAAUUAUUAUUUAAUCUAUUUUGUUUGAGAUCAACAAUUUGGUUAUAAGUUGCAGGCAGAUGAUUAGGCAUUCAUGUGUGUGACAUGAAAAUUACUGCCUCUUGAGCACAAAGACUCUGUUAGUAUUAUUUAGGAAAGUAUCUUAAAAAAUUAAACAUUUUGUGGUGUUUGUGUCUCUUUACAGUGCAAUGGUUUAUUAUUGGUUUUGCUGCUUUUAUUGGUUAAGCUUUAUUUUUAUAUAUAUUUGAGAAUAACUGUGUGUCAUGACCAAUUUGCAAUGGCAUAAGUUGCAAGUGUUUAUUAUAAAAAUAAUAUUUAAAAUUAAUUAAAUAGCUUAAUUUAAUUAAUAUAAUCAUUUAAUUAGAUGGGGCAAAGUGCUUAUCCCCCCUUGAAAUUUUAUUUUUAGUCUUUACGAGGUCAUGGGUCAAAUGUCGUUUCUUGACUUUCUUGCUUGAAUAUUUAGCAUCAUCUGCAUGGUGAUUUGAUACAUUUGUAAUGUGAAAAUUUUUUAUGGUGCCAACUUAGCUGUGGUAAUCUCGAUGUCUAGGCUAUAAAAUUUCUGUUGUCUUGUAAAUCCUAGAUACAUUAGGUGUAAUUUAAGUGCUGUGAGAUACUCUACCGAAAUUGAACAGAACACCGGCAAGUUGAAGCUGCAUAUAAGAAUUGAGUCAUGAAAACUUGAGAUUUGUUAACAAAUAUAAAAAAAAUGAUGGGUAUUUGGCAGCUGCACAAACUGGUUUGUGCAUAGUGUUGGUUGCUAACCAAAUCAUUAAAAAAAACAUAAAUACAAAUGUAUAUAUCAUUAUAACUUCAUUUAAAUAUUAUUGGUGACAAAUCUUUAGUGGUCUGAAAAUAGAGUUUGUGUGUGCUUGACUUGAAAGCUUGUGACUGGAAAAGUCGCCUGCCCACCCUCCCCCAGCAGAGUACUUAUCAGGGGAAGUAAAAAGGUAAUGAACGGAGAGGGUUGGGCUCCCUUUCAAACUGACAUGCCUUAGACAUGCGCGCUUACAGCUUAUCAAAGUCCUUACAGCCACUAGACUUAAGGACCUUGUUGACUUUUUUGUGAUUAAUGAAAUGCUUUUUCAAAGCCAGUGAGGGAUUGCUAUUAAUACAGUGACUGAGUAACAUGUUCUUGGACUUCUUAAGUAAAAGAUAUCUUGAAUGAAGCAUAAGAUUUGCAAGUGAAAUGUGUCACCCAGAUCUUGGUAAACUGCAAAUGUGCAUGUCAGCAUGUAUGUCACUUCAAGGAGCACAACCUUGGUACCCUGUUAAGCUUAUCUAAUUUAUGCUAAGUCCUUUGCAGUAGUGGAUUGCUAGGAAACUAUAUUGAAGGUGCAGUUCCUUUAGUAAUACAUCACUGUGGUGUGUAUCGGUUACUAUACUUUGUUUAUACUCAAAUUGCUAUGAAGGCAUGUGCAAAUAUGCUUCAGUGAAGGUCCAACUUCUGCAUCAGCUCAUUUCAAGUGAUAUAAAGAGUUGAACUGUGCUAAGAGAUGGAUUUCUUUAUCACAAGGAUUAGCAAACUGUGGUCUGUAGCUGGGAGUAGCUUGUGACAUUACACAAAGUAAGGGUUUUCAUAAAUUAACCAUAAAUAUUGUACAAGUAUUUUGUUUUUUAAGUGGCUGAUCAAAGCCCACCCAUAUAAAGAUUCAAUAUUGUCAUUUAGGAAAAUAUGUAUAUUUGUAUUACAUUUCUAAUUAACUGUAUACCUCCAAUCGCUGCUUUAAAUAAUCACAACCUUACUAUAAAUUCGUUGGCUUCAUAUUAAUCUCCUCUUUGUAAAUAAUAAAAUGAGUGAUCACCUGUUUGUCCUUGAAGGUCUGUGUCUUUGUGAACUUGUCAAUAUUUUUUGAGAAAGUGUUCCUUGCUUUAUGGAAAACUAUAUGGGCCACCUUUUUUUACACCAGAAAACAUUUUAUUAUGUACAGCAAAUGCUUCAUACAAAUAGCAGAUGAGAUCUAACUGUAUAGUAUCAUGCAUCCAUGCACAGUAUGAGCCUUUGUGACCAACAUCAUCUGAAGGUUGAAUGGUCAUUGCAAUUUCAAAUUAAAGGUCUGUAAACCUCUCAUAAAACUGGUACGUUACCAUUUUAAUUCAUUUAUAUUCAUUGCAUUUAAGGUUAUUGUGCAAGUUUUUUUCUUUAAAAAUGGAGUAACCUGAUGGCUGCAGUAAAAUCUGUAAAGUUAAGAGAUUUAGAUGAAGAGCCAUGUCAUGUUGAUAUAGAAUUAAUUUUGUAUUGACCAUAUUACAUCUGAGACCUGAUUGAAGGAGGAUGAAGCAAAGAUUACAUCUGUUUGACCUGUAAUGUUUUGGUAGCCCCAACACUGCCAAUUUUUAUAAUCAGCACAGAAAACAGUGUUAUGGCUGGAAGCUUUUUUUGUCAUGUUGCAUAAUCUUUUUUCAAGCUGGAGUGCUUAGAGUUUUUUACAAAAUUUUUUCUUAUUUUUUAAUUUAUAUAUAUAUGUGUGUUUGUUAGUUUAUAUGAGUAAAUGGGCUUAAAGGUUGUUAAGAAUUCAACAAGGCAGCAAUAAUUCAUGCAACUUAGAGAUGUGACACAUUUGUAUGUACGCAGAUAGAGCAAGAUCUGAGUCUUGUUUUGCUGUUCAGUGGGAGGCUUCAUGAAACAUUACAAAACGAAUUAAAUAGAUUAUAAAAAAAAAGAAAGAAAUCUUAUUACUCCUUUCAUUGUUUUGUUUCAUUUUUAUUUUUUAUCACAUUACCUUUUAAAAAAGUGAACAUUACCUACCUUAGAUAAGGAAUCCAAAGUAUUGCUCAAUGUUAAUUCUCAAACUUUGAUAAGAUCCUAAUAUCACCACACUCAUUAUAAUUCAAAUUUCUCUUGGAAAGGAAAAAACUAUGCGCAUAUAAUUUGAGUUGCAUGUGUUGCAUUAUGUUAGUUUGUCUCACUGUUUAGUAAUGCAAUCACAAAGCUUGCUGGACAGCUUUGUGUGAUUUGCAUGGAUGCAGAAUGUAUGUUACUGUAAUGGAUCAGGAAGGAAGUGAUCAGCAAUCACCAUGUAUCAUGAAACAGGAACAAAUACUUGGAAAAAAGGUGCUUAUUUGCUAUUAUUUUAAAUUUUAUUGUAUUCAUUAUUUUUCUAAAGCUCAAACAUGGUCUCUUGGUGUAAUAAAUAUCCAUUUUCCUGCUUAACAGUAAACACAACAAUAAAAACAGCUGUUUUUCACUUUCUUCAGAAUCAAACUGAUGCAUUUGGAGGAAAUUAUACAUAAAUAUAUUUGAGUUUUGUUGUUGUUAUGUUGGGACUGUAGGUGUGAUGUCAGGGGUUAGACUUGUAAAUGGUUGUGAGUUUUAUGAUGUACAGGGUGUCAGCUUAAUCAGCACUUUUAAUUGUUAAUCAAUCUUUUCUCUUUGACAACAUUGAACACCUUUUUUGCCUUACAAUUUUCACUGCUGUACAUGACAGUUUGCAUUUUGAGGAAUCUAUAAAUGUGCAUUUAUAUGAAUGCAACAGAUGAAAAAAGUGUUGAUAUCCAAGCUAGGAUUGUUGAUAUCAACUUUUAUGUAUUGACUGCCUCUGAUUAGUCUUUAUCAUGUUGUUUACAUAACAGACAAAUGUUGCCACUGGUUCGAAAUUAGGAUUUUAUGAGUAGUUCUGAUUUUAGUGAACUUGCACCAUAUGAACAUUUUCAAGAAGUCAGAAUAUCUUCACUUUUCAUUCUCUUCUUGCUGUUUUUCCUCCCCAUUGUUAAUCAACAUACCUCCAAUUCCUUUGAAGAAAAAAAAUAAAAAGGAAAUGUUACCAUAUUAGCCUUUGGCUUUAAAAGUUGUUUAGCAAUGACUCAUUCUAACAUUACGAAAUGUACCUUCUUCAAGAGAGAGAGAAAUUAUGUUGCAUGUGAGACAUACCUCAAUGUUCACAAUGCUUUUUAUCAAACAUUGUGAAAUGUAACCUACAAUACAAGACAAAUUCCACAACUAGCAAUGUGCCAAGUAUUCAACCUUACUGCAUGUAAAAAGGAUUACAAAUACUCCUCAUGCCUUACACAGUUCCCAGCCUUUAGCUUCAAUUAUAUUUCCUGUCUCAUAUCUUCUUGUCAAACUAGAUCCCUUUAUACAUAGUGUUUUGUGGUUCUGGUGCGAUGUCUGGGUCCAUUCAUUUUCCAAGUCACCUACACUUGCAUUGACAUGUAUUUUCACAAUGAUGUAAGAUUUACUGCAAAAAAUAUUGGUGAGGUCAGAUCACUCAUGUUGCAUGAUCAUUUUAAAGUGUUUGAGGUUAUCACUUAAUCUUAGUUUUAAAUGUUAAAUUUGAAUGCAUCUGCUGGUGUAAAAAGUUUCUGAGUGAUUCUGUCAUAAUUCCAUUUGGUGCAUUUUUUUUUUUCUUAAGUAUGAUGAAUCUAAUAAAUGGAUGAAUAUUUCAAAUGGAACCUAUAAGGUGUUUUGUAGAAGAGACGUGAUGUAUGUUGCCAUGCAUGAUUGCAAAAAGUGCUAGAUGCUGAAAUCUCUCAUAUUUUCUCCUAUUCUCUCUGUCAUAAUAUUUAACACAAGGCAUAUGUAUCUGAAAGCUUAAUACAGUAGAAGUACAAAAGUCCCAAAUAGGAACAGUUUUGUGAUUCAGACAUUUUGUUUUUCUGCCAAGGAUUCAUAUGUCUGAAAUUACCAAAUUGUUGAUUUUUCUGAAUCCAUCACAUCUCUCCCUCUUUAAAACUAAACAAAAUGUCUGAAUCAUAAAAUUUUUGAUAAAGAAAUUAGCUGCAGUCGAUUGCUGCCUGAGGAAUAACUUUUGACCUGUUGAUGCUAGCCAGUACAUGCUCCUAAGAUUAUGGCUAAUGCUAGAGCAAAAUUCAAUUCAGCUCUUGAGGUUACAGGGAGGCACCUAUUGAUUUUACUCAUCUUCAUUUUCAAUUAUUAUUGCAUGAUCAAAAGACUGUAAUCUAAUAAAUACUUAUAUGUUUUUUGUUUUCCCUACCUUACAUGCUCAAAAGACUAAUAAUCUACACUUUUAAAUCUUUCUGGCCUUUUUGCCUUAUUUGUUUAGUUUCUUUUUUGUAAUACAUUCAAAAAGACUGCAACAUGACAUGGAUGAAAGAGACUUCCCAUGCCAUUCUCUAGACAUGGCAAACCACAUGGUUACUGAGCUGUAGGACCAUUACUUUUCCUUUCUGCUUAAAAUCUGCAAGAUGCUGUUCUCCCCUUCUGUAAUAUCUAAAAUGUAAGAAUCACAGGUCACUGAUCAAAUGAUAACACACCCCUGUGACAAAAGCAAAAUGUAAAAGAAAAUUUAUUUUAAAAAGACAUCACAGAAAACAUCUGUUAUACUACCUAAGUCUUUGCUUUUGCCAAACCAGUUGACAGGUUUAAAAUAAAAUCCCAGAUUAACCAAACCUGAAGCAGAGAUUUAGUUUAUAAAGAGAGCCUCUAAAUCAAUACAUGGAAAAAAAAGCAAAUUAAGAUGCAAAGCAACAUAUUUGGGCAUGCAAAUUAUUCAUAAAAGAAAUAAUAC